GCUGCGAAAGUCGAGCGACGUGGUGCCAGGCGCCUGAACCUUCACUCUUUUCCCUGCACCCAUUAGGAGUGUUCUUUUCCUCCUCCUUCAAAAUACAGCACACUCCCAACUUUCCGGGAUAGAUAUACGACAUGGACCCUCAGACAUUCUACAACCGCCUCCACAAACGGCCCUCCCACCCGGUCAUGGGUUCCAACCCCAACCCCAACCCCAUCUACUCCUCCACCCACACCGGCCACUCCUCCGUCCCCUCCGCCGCCGCCUCCUCGUCCACCGACCUCCCGCCCUCCUCCCUCCGUCCCGAAUCCUCCCUUCCCCCAUCGAGACACCACCCCGCCCGCGAGCGGUCAGAAAGCUCCGUGUCGGUGCUAUCUCCGAGCCUUGUGCGCAACUUACACAAUGCGCCGAUGACGCGGCCGGGGUUCAGGAACGAGAUGGCGAGACAGCAGAUGUUGGGCCCGCCGUCGAGGAGCCACUGGAAGCCGGACCAGCAUUCGAUGGGGUGUGAUGCGUGCGGGCAGAGGUUUACCUUUUUGUUUCGGAGGCAUCAUUGCAGAAGAUGCGGCGGCGUCUUCUGCCUCCGCUGCUCCUCCCACUCCAUCCGCCUCGACCAGGACUGCCAAUACCACCCCUCGGGCGCCCUCUCCCGCGUCUGCACAACCUGCUACAACAUCCUACAACGCGCACCCCCAAAGGCCGCCCCCGCGCCGUUCGGCCCCGCCCCGCCUCGCCCACAUCAUCAUCCACCACCACCACCGCAUAGUCAUCUUUCGGAUACGGAGAAUAUACCCGGACGCGUGGUGCCGUCGGUUGCGGCGAAGGCGGUGCCGAUUGGGACGGGCGUCGAGAAGGGGCGAGAAAACGACAAAACAGGCAUGUCCCUCAUGUCCGUGCCCUCCGACUGGCAAUGGUCCACCUUCUAGUCCCCGCCAUAGUGCAGACCACGUUCCCCACCCACCGCAACCAAAACAGAAACCACCCCCCCCCC